AUGGGCACAGAAGCAUAUGAGACAUUCAAGCAGGAUCGACUUGAAGGCCACAAACCAAAGACCAAGUUCCAUGACAAGAUGACCAAGAAGAAACUUAAGACAUUCACUGACAUCCAGAAGAAGCCUGCAAGCAACCCAAACAUGAUUGUUUUGCAGGCUGACAGAAAGCUUUUUGGCUUCAUGGUCCUGGCAGCAGAGAGCCGCCAUCUUCAGAUGGCAGAUGUCCUCUCCCGCCCUCUAGGGUCAUUGCCAUGGUCACUUGCUAAUGGAGAUGGGACACUACGGAGGACGAGCAAAUUGGUUCUGGCCAGACAUCUGCAGAAGCAAAUCAUGCCAGCAGAGACCAUCCCUGCUCCAUCUGCUACCGUCAUUGAUGGGAUGUGUCUGAUACAGAAAAUUCAGGAGAGAGCAGACACUUUCUCACCUCGCAGGAUCUGUCCUUAUUCGGAUAUUACAUGAAGGAGCAAGCAGCCAAAGAAUUGAUGUCGUCUUCGACGUUUAUCGGGAGGACCGGCACCACAGGAGGCACACCACCACAGUUCCAUAAUAUUGCACCAGGCCACCAGAUCCAGCCAUGGAGAAAGUUCCUCAGCAGCUCAGCUAACAAGGCAAACCUUAUGAGAUUCUUAGUGGCUGAGUUUAAGACACCCAAGAUGAGAACAAAGCUGAACAACAAGGUGCUGUAUGUUACCAGUGAGGAAAGCUGCUUACACAUGACCGGGGAUCAGUGUGUUGAAGUUGCAGGCCGGCAAUCAAAUCAAGAGGAGGCUGACACAAGAGUGAUUUUUCAUGCAGCCCAUGCUGCGCAGGAAGGCUAUAGUGCUGUAGUCAUAACAUCUGAAGACACUGAUGUGCUGUUGCUCUGCCUCGCUUUUUCUACAGAUAUCUCCUGUCCCUUAUAUCAGAAAUGUGGAACAAAGAACCGGGUUCGGUAUCUCGAUAUCACAAAACUAAGCUAG